UAUAACCAAGGUGUGAAGAAUGCUACCAGGCCGGUGCUGUAUGUAUGACACUGUCCAUUGUCGCCCUAGGGUUCGCAGAUUGAAUGCGAUGGGACUCGCGGAGCUUUCCCUUGCUGAGGAUACCAAUUCCAUGGCGGCAUCCGACCUGCAAUCCGAUGUGGCGGGCGGCGUUGUAGCACUGGGCAAGUUUGAAGGUUUACAUUUAGGACAUCGCGCAUUAGUAGAGCGCGCAUCGGAGAUCGGAAAGCCUAUUAUGCUGUCAUUGUCAGGGAUGGCGGAGGUGCUUGGUUGGGAGCCUAAGUUACCAGUUGUCGCUGCGGAUGACCGUGCUCGUGUAUUAGAAUCUUGGGGGAAGCACUGUCAUGAUAUGGUCCCACAGGAGCACGUGCUUGAAUUUGCUAAGAUCCGCAAACUAAGCCCAGAACAAUUCGUUGAGAAACUUGCCAAGGAGCUAAAGGUUAAAGGUGCAGUAGCUGGAGCGGAUUAUCGUUUUGGAUUUAGAGCUGCUGGUAAGGCAUCAGACUUGGUCGAAUUGUGUGAAAAAUAUGGAUUGCAAUCAGCUAUUGUGGAGCCAAUUAUGGAUUCAAAAGACACUCCUCUAGAUGGCACCGCCAAGGAUAAGGGCCAGGUUUCAACCACUCGGAUUCGGAAUGCUCUGGCUGAGGGCAACAUGAAGCGUGUGACAGAGCUUCUUGGCAGACAACACCGUCUAUAUUUGGAUCUUAAAGACUGCGUACCAAGCGGUAAAACAAUCACCUUACCCAUCGGCAAUGUGCUAAAUCAACCCCCAGCAACAGGUUCUUAUGAGUGUAGUGUACAAUUUCCGGACUUAAGUGACGACAUUUCAGUCCUGCAAGUGAUCAUACGAGAUACUGAGAUUUCUCUGGAGUCGCAGGAUUCGACUCUUCUAGACAGGAUUAGUAAACAGGAUCGCAUUGCGCUCGAUUUCUUAGCCUAGGUCAAGUUAGACGGUGGACCCAGAAGUUGAUUGUUUGUCUACCUACCUUACGCGCACACAUACACACUAUUUUUAUUUACAUACACACUUAUCUGAUGACUUAUGGCAUUCUUAUAGCGAAGUCUCAAGUUAGACAGAGUUGUAUUGGGGUUGAAGGCAAUAGUAGGAGAUAAGGUUCACAUGGCAUGAAGUACUGCUACCGAACAAUUCAUUUUCUGGUCAAAUGCAGAAAUUAUUGGCAUUUGUUUCUACCGCUUGGAUUGGGUUUUGGAUAUUUC